AUGACCCACCUCUAUGGCGCUAUGUUUAUUACAAAUAAAGUGUGUAUGGUCACUGAAUUAGCACAAUAUGGAUCUUUACAAGACUUGAUAAAACACAAAACAAGUGAAGAAGUUGACAUGAAAAUGCGAGUAAAAAUAUUGUUGAACGCAGCGAAUGGUUUUUCAUAUUUGCACUCAAAUGAUAUUUUACACAGAGACAUCAAGCCAGACAAUAUCUUAGUGUUUUCACUUGAUUUGAACAACAAAGCAAAUGCUAAGUUGACUGAUUUUGGAGCAAGUCGAAAUGUCAACAUGUUGAUGACAAAUAUGAUAUUCACUAAGGGAGUUGGAACACCUAAAUAUAUGGCACCCGAAAUCUAG